UUUCCUUUCCUUUUCUUCCCUUCCCUUAAUUAAUUCAAACAUAGUGAAAAUCAGAACAUCAGAGAUGCCGCUAAAGACAGAAAAAGAGCCUCUUAACGUCGUAGACAUAGCCAGUAGCGACGAAGAAGGCGGCGCCAAAACUGUCGCCACAAAGAAAGUUUCCUCAAUCACAGCACAACCAACGCCAUUGCAAAUUUCCGGACUUGAAACGUCGCAGGGCUCAGAAGCCAUCAUGCCGCCGCUUCUACCCUUCAAUGAAACCCUAGAGUCUCGAAGCUUCUGGAAGGCCGGGAAUUAUGCCGUUGGCCCCACCUCCAAACCGGCUCUGCUUCAAGGUUCAUUGGAGCAUGCGCGUGUUCAUCCCAAGUUUCUUCAUUCAAAUGCCACGUCGCAUAAGUGGGCGUUUGGAGCAAUUGCUGAGCUAAUGGACAAUGCUGUGGACGAGAUUCACCACGGUGCAACUUUUAUAAAGGUUGAUAAAAUUGAUGUAAUGAAGGAUAAUUCUCCAGGUCCAGCUUUACUUUUUCAAGAUGAUGGUGGAGGAAUGGAUCCUGAAUUGAUUCGAAAAUGUAUGAGCUUGGGUUAUUCUUCGAAGAAGUCAAAUACAACGAUUGGACAAUAUGGCAAUGGAUUCAAGACAAGCACCAUGCGAUUAGGUGCUGAUGUUAUUGUUUUUAGUCGUUCAACUAGUGCAAGCAAAGCAACUCAGAGCGUGGGACUUCUAUCUUACACCUUUCUAUGCAGAACUGGACAGGAUGAUGUCAUUGUUCCAAUGAUUGAUUUUGACAUUUCUGGUCAUUGGGCAGAGCCAAUAAUUUACAGCUCACAGGAUGAUUGGUCUUCAAACUUGAAGACUAUCUUGGAAUGGUCUCCCUUUUCAUCAAAGGAGGAGCUGAUGCUACAGUUUGAUGAUAUUGGACCUCAUGGAACAAAAAUAGUAAUAUACAAUUUAUGGCUGAAUGAUGAAGGCAUAUAUGAACUGGCUUUUGAUGAUGAUGAUGAGGACAUACGACUGAGAGAUGAAGCUCUUCAUGGAGCUACAAAAUUACACAAAAAGACUGUUGAACUUCAAUCCCAUAUUUCUUACCGCAUCCGGUAUUCAUUGAGGGCAUAUGCUUCAAUUCUGUACCUCAGAAAAUUUAAUAACUUCGAAAUCAUAUUAAAAGGGAAACCCGUCCAGCAGUUCAACAUUGCUGAUGAGUUGAAGUAUCCUAAGGUUGUAACAUACAAGCCCCAAGUAGCUGCUGGACCAAAAGAGUGGUCAGUGGCAACUACAAUUGGAUUUAUAAAAGAGGCCCCUUCUCUUGGAGUUUCAGGAUUUAACGUGUACCAUAAAAAUCGCCUUAUCAGGCCCUUCUGGAAAGUGACCAGUGAUGGCUCUUCAAAAGGGAAUGGUGUUGUUGGUGUUCUUGAAGCAGACUUUAUAGAACCAGCACAUGACAAGCAGGAUUUUGAGAGGUCAUCACUUUUUGUCCGGCUGGAAACUAGACUAAAACAGAUGGUUUACGAUUACUGGAAAAGCCAUUGUCACUUGGUUGGCUAUCAACCUCCUGGUAUGCAUGCAGCAAAUAUGAAGAAGCAAUCAUCUGCUUAUCAGCAUAACAGUAGUUCUAAUUUGCAAGCAGAAAGUGAUGAACAAUCUAUUCGUAUUCCAGCCAAUGGCGAGCAGGAUUUAAGAAAUGAGCAACCAGGUCUUGAAGUUCCUAAUGAAGUCAUGUCCAAAGAUGAUGUGGGAUCCAUAUCAAUUGAUCAAUUAUGUGAAGAGAACAUACUACUUUUCAGAAGGUGUGAGGAACACAAACAGAAGGAGGCUGAAUUGAAACAGACGAUCGUCGAACUAGAGAAGGAGUUGGAGGAUAUGAGAAACAAGUGUGCCCAGCUAUCUUCACACCUAGAAGCUAAACGGAAACUGAAGGUUAUAUAAAAUAGGGAAAACAUUUCUUAACGAACCAUUUGUGCAACUAAGCUACUCUUGAUGUAAAGCUCAUUUUCGUUCCCUUCGAUGUAUAUAUAGAGGAACGACUUGCCUUUCAAAGCAUUGCCCUGUAUGAGUAAUUUCGAUCCUAUGCAGGACUCUAUCAUGGGGAACAACUUCAAUAUUAUGACAUUUAGUAUUUUAAAAUUAUAUAAUACAGUAAUUUGCCUUGUAAUUUGUUACUAGAACGUUGGAUUUUUAGUUUUAAUGAGGAUGAC